AUGUCCGCGACACAAACCAUACAGAUCUUGAGCAUAUCCACCGCGCUGUUAGCGUCGGGCGGAAUAGCAGCAUUAUCUCUCUUCGACGUUCCAAUGUUACAAUCACAGCCAGCAUCUCGAUCUCUUCCAAUGAUACGCUGGCUCUUCUCAAGAGGCUCCCACACGUUUCCAACAGCCGCAAUCACAUCCGCAUCCGGCUUCGUCUAUCUCGCUUACAAAGCUCUCCCACCAUCUUCCGUCAACUCGAUUUCCUCAAUCGUUCAGCAUGCCGUCAAGGGCAAGCCAGGCCUUUAUCUCGCCGCCGCCGCGCUUUCCUUCAGCAUCGCGCCAAUCACGGGUCUGGCCAUGAUACCCACAAACUUCGCCCUUAUCAGGAAGAAUGAAGAGUUGGGCGGGAGCCGAAGUAAGGCGUCUGCCGAGUACCGGGAAAAGACUGGAUCGAAAGAGCGAAGCGCUGAUGAAUCCGUGGGCAGCAAGGAUGACGUGAGUCAAUGGAAGGAUUUGAGUGUACCGCAAGAGAAAACGGAGAGGCAGAGUACCCAAGCAGAGGAUCAAGAGGUAAAUGAGCUGCUGGACAAGUUCGGCAAGUUGAACAUGCUGAGGGCGGUAGCUAUUGGCUCAGGUGGUAUCGUGGGGUUGAUGGCUGUUUUGGCGUAG